AUGUCAUUCUAUCGUACUAGAAAUAUUAUAAUGUUUGACUAUUCUCUCAAUGGUCUACACCUGGAUCGUGUUGACAAAAUUAUUGACUUAGGUUUCCUUUUUGUCCCAUCUUUAGAUUUUCGUCCUCACAUUGAUCACAUAGUAGGCAAAGCUGUGCGCAUACUUGGUUUUAUUAGACGACAUUCUGCGAGUUUCAAUUCUCCAAAAUGUCUCUCAGUGCUCUAUUGUGCGCUAGUACGCUCGGUACUAGAGUAUGGUUCUAUUGUCUGGGAUCCGUAUACCGUUGGUGAUAUACUUAGACUUGACAGAGUGCAGAACAGGUUUUUGAAUAAUGCUGGGUACUGCCUAAACAUUACUCAUCCACCCCAUGACUAUCAACCAAUAAAUGAUAUUUUAUGUCUCGAGUCACUAUCAGUUAGACGUCAGACACAUAGUUACCGAUUUAUUUCUGGGCUAUUAAAUGGGAAAAUUGAUGCACCUCGAUUAUUAGAGAAACUUAAUAUCCAUGUUCCUAGCAACACUCGAUACCAGGGCACGUUCUACCUACAAACAGAUCGGUCCAACUAUGCUGCCAAUGCACCCCUCCCUAGACUGAUGCGUGUAUACAAUUUAUAUAAUUUGUGA